CGCCGAGCCGUGCCCAUGUCGGACGCGCUCUCCGCCGCCGCCGGCUGCCGCUGCGAGCCCCCGGCCGGCGACACCGCGUGCGGGGGCCCCGCAGAAAAUGAAGACUCAGCCCAAAAGCCAGAGCCUGCAGAUCAGCUAGUUGAUUCUUUGGAGUCCAGUACUUCACAGAGCGGGUCUCAGGCUGGGGUGCACCUGAGUGCCGACACAACAGAGCAUUCCAAGGAAGAAAUAGGCGCUCUGGGGGACCAGAACGUGGCUGUGCUAGAAGAGAAGCUGCCUGACCAAAUCAAAUCUCUCAGAAAGGAAGCUGUUCGAUUAAGCAGCUACCAUGUACCUCAGGGAGUAGGGGAUAUAGUCAUGAUUCAGUCAGAUCACACUGGUGCUGUGGAUAUCCUUUCAGCUGAGCUGGAGACUGCAGACCUCCUUGGGGAGCAGAGAAAAGCUCUGCCUCCACCUCUGGCUGCACCCACCAUGUGGACCACUGAGAAGAUGAAGGAAUUCAAAGCCAAGAUGGGGAAGGAGAAGAAUGGCCGGAUGGUGGUGAAGCGCGGCGAGGUGGUGACAGUCCGAGUGCCAACCCAUCCUGACGGGAAAUGCAUUUGCUGGGAGUUUGCUACGGAUGACUACGACAUUGGGUUUGGAGUCUAUUUUGACUGGACCACAGUUACUAGCACUGCCAUUACUGUUCAGGUCAGUGAAUCCAGUGAUGAGGAGGAUGAAGAUGAGGAUGAGGAAAUUGAAGGACUGUCCCCUGUGGGUGAUGUGGAGCGGGGUUCCAAGAGCUACCUGCGGAACCGCUAUGGAGAGGUGAUGCCCGUGUACCGCAGGAACAGCCAUCGCGAGGUGCAGGCAGGCAGCCACGAGUACCCGGGCGAGGGCAUCUACCUGCUGAAGUUUGAUAACUCCUACUCUCUGCUCCGCAAUAAGACACUGUUCUUUCACGUCUACUACACUAGCUGAAGAAGAGGGAAGGGGCAAGGAUGGCAGGCAGGUGAUGGUGAGUGUAGCAGGCUGCCACCCAGCCCUGGUACUGCCUGACGGGCACUGCUGCGUGACAGAACCACGGCGCAGUUCUGCCAGCUCUCCUUUGGACACGAACUGGUUUCUCCUCACAUCCUUCUUCCCCACUGUCUCAGGGGACAAAGGUAGUUGUGGCUGCCUGGUUGUUCCCAGGCAGCUGCUCUUUCUCUAGAACUUUGGGAGGUCUGCUCCAUGCAGGCAUUGGGCUGGGCCUUCAAGUCAAUGCUGGCAAUUGCCCAGAAGCCACAUUCAGGAGGUUGUGGUUCUGAUCUGUUGCGCUGGUACAAAAUGAAGUGAAAAUAAUGUUACUGUUUUGUGAAUAACUUUUCCAACUCACCUGCUGCAUCUGCAUCGCUAGAGGGCAGCUGUUGACUUCAGUGAGCCAGAAGCACAGCUGGCUUGUCACUUAGCCAGGGUAACCCAUCACCUACCAUAGCUACAGUCACCAGCAGUCGCUGCUUCCUUCACUCACGCGAGUGGCUGGGAGUGCAGCGGGCCAGCAGCACCCCAUGCUGCAGUGGCUUGGCAGUGCUGCAACAGGUGGGCCCCAAAUAGCAGUCACAGCUCAUGUUUGGACAGGGGGUGGGAGCAGGGUGCACCCCUCAUAGUCCAUAGGAAGGCUUUUCUACAGAUUAAGAAUUGAAUGUUAUAUCUGUUGAUUGUAGGGAUAUAUAGAUGCUUAAAACCUCAGUGAUUACCAGAAGUUUUUUUCUGUAAUCCAGAUGUGAAGCAGAGGACGUUACUGCCAUGCUGAAUGAAUACAAAAUGGUUGGAAUACAACCAAUAAAUAUACAGGAAAUGUUCCUUAGUAGCAGGAUGUUGGUUCAGUGGUAUUGCAACCAUAUGUAGCAAGGAAAAGGCUCCCAGAGCAAUGCAGUUUGUCAGCUGCUAUUGCUGUUGCAAAGGUACUGUUAGGAAGUUCCUUGGCAUGUUUUGGUGACUAGUGAUGGUAUUAGUUACCACCUUCUGCUUAAGUAAUGGCUGAGUUAAAAAGGAGAAGUUAAUCCAUCAGAGAUGAAUUUUAAAACAUGCUUAUUUGUAACUGUUGUUUAUUUUAAUACUUUUAACUUGAAAUCGUUCUCUUUUCUAAGAAUACUGCUGUAUUUACAUUUUGAUACCUCUUUGCAGAGACACAAAAUUACUUUCCAUGGUGAUACUAGAAAAGUUCUGAGUUUUAUUUUUAAAUUCUCCAGGUAAAGCACUUCUACUUGGUCCAUUCCUUCUAUUGAGAGGAAAUGAUGGACAGAAUUAUUUGGGGUAGUUAAAGCCAAAGAUUUUGCUCUCAUAGGAGGGCUGCCUAUUUCCUAUUAAGAGUAUAUUGUAAUGCUGUACAAUUUGCUCUAUAUUCAAGCUUACUUUGAAGUAUCUCUGCUUACUGAUUCACUGCUCCAGAGCACUUAGUAGGUCAAAAUGGUAAGAGAGGAAGCAGUCACUUUACAAUAGAGCAGCCCAAGCUGGGAACAGGAGGAGUGGAAACUGGAAGAGCCCUACUUGGAGCACAGUGGCUUUCUGGGGGAGUGGGCAAGGAGCAGAGUUGUUGCUGCUUUGGGCCCUGAGAAGGGGAGGAAACAGCCACCUAUCUCAAAAGAGAGAGUGUAUUCACCAGGGUGGGAGGGAGCUGCAGAGCUGCUUUAUUCAAGCAGGUCGAGCACAGGGAGACAGAACAGUAGGGCUUGGUAUCUGUCAGAGCAAGUGCUCUUUCAGGUAGCAGCCUGGAGAGGGCUAUUCCUUCCUUUAACCUCUUAUGGAUGAAAUGAAGAACCAUCCUGUGGCCUUUCUACAGCACUUGAAUCAGGCCUGAGCAAUUUAGCUAAGGUGUUUGGGUUUUUUCAUCCUUUGUCUAUCAAGUUCCUAGAUAAUGCUGAUGGAGUGACACUCUUCACUUCUAACAGAGAAGCAGUAGUAUGUUUGCUGAUAGAAAACAUCAAUUUACAACAUUUCAUAGUUGGUGUGUUUUGUAUAGACUAGGGAAUGAGAGGCUGGAGAGCAGCACUGCAGAAAGUGCAGAAAGGGACCAGGAGCUUCUGGUUGAUGGCAAGUUGAACCUGAGCCAGCAGUGCCCUGGCAGCCAGGAGGGCCAGCCCUGCCCUGGGUGCAUCAGGCACAGCAUCACCAGCCAGGCAAGGGAGGGCAUUGUCCUGCUCUGCUCUGCACUGGGGCAGCCUCACCUCCAGGGCUGGGGGCAGUUUUGGGUGCCACAAUAUACAAAAGACAUUAAGCCAUUAAAGACCAUCCAAAGGAGAGCCACAAGGAUGGUGAAGGGUCUGGAGGGGAAGCCAUAGGAGGAGUGGCUGAGAUCACUUGGUCUGUUCAGACUGGAAAAGAGGAGACUGAGGGGAGACCUCAUUGCAGUUACAGCUUCCUCAUGAGAGGCAGGCACUGAUCUCUUCAAUCUUGUGACCAGUGACAGAACUCAAGGAAGUGGCCUGAAGCUGACUCAGGGGAGGUUUAGGGUGGGUGUAUGGAAAACGUUUUUCACCCAGAUGGUGGUUGAGCACUGGAACAGGCUCCCCAGGGAAGUGAUCACAGCACCAAGCCUGACAGAGCUCAAGGAGUGUUUGGACAACACUCUCAAGCACAUGUUCUGAUUGUUGGGGUGUCCUGAGACAGGAGCUGGACUCCAUGAUCGUGAUGGACCUCUUCCAACUCAACAUACUCUAUGAUUCUAUGAGCCUUUUGUACCAAGUCACUUGGUACAAACAAGGAAAACACCUUAAAACAAAGAAAACACUAUGGGCCAAUGCCAGAAGAAAAGUUGCACAUAAAAUACAGAAGUUGGUCAUGUCCCAGAGUAAUAAGAUGAGCCACAUACAUGUGUGGUCAAUGCCAGGGUUCUUCAGGCUGUUCUGCAACCUCUGGGAAAACAGGGUGGUGUUGAAACUCAGUGGUGAAGUUCUGCAAGACUGUUGAAGGAAAUAAAAAAUAGGAAUUAUAUUUUUCUUAGAGGUUUCACUAGGUUGUUCGUUACAUUAUUUUUUACGUUGUUCAUUUGGAAAAAAUGCUUUUGUUCAUCACUCAAUGCUUGUCAGGGAAGUGUUUUUGUAAAAGUGGGUACAAUCUAUGAACUCCAACUGUGAAAUUGUUCAAAUUCCAAGUUUAUGGAAUUUCACUUAGAUCCAUUACCUAAAAGACUGCAUCAGAUAGAACCUUACAGUAGAGGAUUAGACUAAUAAUUUUCUUCAAACAGAUGAUGUAGGAAGUAAAAGAUACCAACAACAGGGAAAGGGCAAGUUUAUUUAGUAAAUUCUUUAACAAUACAAGCCAGACUCUGAAAAUAAGGUCAGUACUGGAAUUAACUGUCCCAAAUUGUCAGGAGAUGGGACUGUACUUUUCCAGCUUCAGUGGGUCCUACAACAUAGAGGGAGAAGGGUCUGUGUAGCCUUACAAAUUAUGGUCUAUCCGUCUGAUACACACAAUAAUUCACAUUCAGACAGAAAUUUCAGAAAUUCUCAAAAAUCUUCAGGCUCUUCAGGCCUUUAGAUUCAGAAAAAUAACUGGUUUUAAGAAAUGAGGUCUUUUUCAUGGGCUGUUUUAUAAAAAGAAACAAACAUUUCAUUAAAAGCUUACUGAAACUGUCAUUGCUAAUAAAAUCUGAAUUAUUGAAACCUCUAGAAACACUCUAAACACAGUAACAGUUUCAUUGUAUUUAGACAACUCUUCAUAGCCAUAUAGUAAAGUAUUUCCUUAAAAAGCUGAUAACCACGUCCAGCAGUAGCAGUUGAGUAUUAUGAAGGCACUUCUGCAGCUCAGGCCACCUGAGUUACUCAUCACAUUCUGCAAUUGACAGUAUCCUUUCAUAAUUUCAUAACAUCCUUUCUGGUUUAAAGGAGAGUUGAGUUAAAAAAGCAAAUCAUAAGCAAAUAUGUUUGGGAUUUUACUCCCCCACCCUUUUUAAAGUAUUGGUUUGUGAGUAACAAAAGUUGCUGAUUAAAAAUGUAACAAAGAGAUUAAUGAAGCAUCAGUCAGAAGGCAGGCAUCAGUCCUGUCAGUCAGCUCACACACAUAUGGUACAAAAUACUGGACAGACAAGGCCUGUGCAGCAGGGCUGUGCCAGGACCAUCAGACAGGAUGGUGACACGGCUGCAGCGUGCGGCUCCUGCCGUGUAUGGAGUACAGUACACCUGGGCUCAGGGAGCACUGCAUGCAGCAGGAACUGGAGCAUGCCCAGCUCUCCCCACAUGUUCUAAAGGCUGCUCUCAUCCCCCACUCAGGUCAGUGCUGUGAUCCAGGUGUAAUCCAUCUCCUGCACACACACAGCAACACAGGUACAGCAGCCCAGCACGUGUAGCCUGUCUCCCACACAACCCUGCAGGUACAGCAGCCUGGUCUAGUUGAAGGUGUCCCUGUCUAAGGGAAAACAGUUGGAACUGAAUGAUAUAUAAGGUCCUCUUCCAAUCCAAACCAUUCUAUGAUUUUAUGAGUAAAUGUGACAAUAAUUUAACAAGACACGAUGGCAAGGUAUACUUAGCUGUUCACUGCAUAGAGGACAGGGUCAGACAAACUGUCAGGCAGACCCUCUGCUGAGUCAUGAGGUUCAGAAAGGACCCACUUAUUUUUUAAACUCCUUUCUCAAGGGAAAUUUAGGUGUGUCUGGAUCCAGACUUAGUCCCAGACUUGGCCAGCAAUUUACAUCUAAAGGAUUAUGUGCACAGUCAAUCUUGUAUCUCAGCUGAGAUUUCAGUUUUGUAUGCUAUUAAGCACUUGGUGAGAAUUCCUGAGCAAGGGAUCUCAGCCUCAAGAAGUUAACUCACCCUAGUUGAGUGGAGAUGCUGGGGUGCAGCCUUCUGCCAUGCAGGAGAGGUUAAAGAGGCCCUGGACUGUCCACUACUUAGAGUAAGGUGAUUGACUUACAGUCAUAUUUCCAUACAGGCUGUAUUCUGGUUUUCCUUGUGCCCAACUGGCCCUAAGCUGAUGAGCAAGACUUAUGGUCCUUAACUAUUGUGUUCUUAUCUGUCUUCUCAGAGUCCAACUUAAGCCAGAUACAGUCCUCCUGCCCACCACUGGUGGCUGGCUAUUGCUCAGGCAGAAGUGGGAGGGAGAGCACACUGUCACCUGAGGCACUAAAGAGAAGAAGAUGGAAUAGACCCUUCAGUGUGACCACAAUGUCAGCAUUGUUGGUCCUUGGAUGUGAGAUCUGCCGAACCCUGUGUGUGUGUGCUGGUUAACAUGUGAUGUACUAUUUGGCACCUACUCCACCUUCUAAUUAGGAUUUAUUUCUGUUGAAGGGAACUCUGACCUGUAUGUACAUGAGAUAUUCCAGAAUUAUGGAUCCUCAGCUGCACAGCUUGUUGCAUGCUAGUGCGUUAUCUCCAUUUAAAAAUAUACUGUGGUUUUGAUCACAAAACCUGCCUUACAACCAGUUUUGAUCACUUGCUGACACAUAGAUAGUAUGUCCCAGUUUUCAAGCCAUUAGUUAAUGGAUUUUGUUAAGAUAAAUUGCACUGUAGAUGGAAAACCUAUAUUCAGUUCUUGCUUUCUGAAAUGUGGACCAAUCUUUAAUAAGGCUGGGGUCACUCUUUUGGAACUGUGCCCAUCUACCUGGUCUCAUUGACUUGAGCCCAAAAGCAGCAUUGAAUGUGGAAUGUCAUCCCAAUGAGUAUGUGCCCAGCCUGCAAAUGCAGCCUGUCCACAGACAGGCCUGCUGCAGUGGAACUGAGAGUAUUUGGUGUGUGUUGUUUCACUGACUACGUUUCCCAGAAGUAUCUGGUAUCUUUUAUGAACACAGGAUAGUUUUAGGAACAUUUGAUCUUCAGGAAAGCUUCACAGUUGUACAGGAUAAUUCCUAUUUUUGUUUAUUUUCUUAUAUUGCCACAUUAUACAAGUAUGUUGUUUCUCAGGUAUUCAACUAGCAUUCAUUAUCAAAGUGACAACUUCUUUUUGGAAGGAUACACAGUUUUUAUUAGUUCUCUGAUAAACAGCUUGGCUGUGUGGCUAGUGAUUAACAGCAGCCAUUCCUGUUCAAUAUCCAACCCAUAGUUGUUUCAAAGAAAAAACCUUAUUUUGCAUAUGUAUUUUUUCAGUUUGGUAUAUUUCUUGGAUUUGUAUUUAAUCUUGCUAGCUGGCUUGGGCAUUUAUGGAAAUCCUUCUUAUUUAAAUAGAGAUCUGUGGUAUUAGACCUUGGGUCAAAAAAGAAAAAUAAAGUUUAAAUGCAGCUGCACUUCAGAGAGGGAAAUUAAUCCUCAGGAAAGGAAAAUUUUUUUGUUUCUGUGGAAGGAAGAUUUCAAAUAGGUUUUUAAUAUAUGUUUCCUUUUCCUCUAAAUUGUCUCUCGAAAUUCAGAAAGCUAAAUCAAGAAAGAAGCUUCUUUUGCAUUUUGGGUUUGCUUUUGUGAAAGCACAUAAUUGUUUUCCAUUUUGUUUUGAAUAUAAUUUAGGUCUAAAUAAAAUUUACAUGUUCAGUCAGAGAUAUAUCCUUUAGCAAAGGACCCGUAUAAAAAUUACCUUGGAUAAGUGUUUAGUUAUGAUAAUGGUAUUAAUCUGUUGGACAUUUUUCAUGUGAGAGAAGGUAAUAAGCUCUCCAUUGUUUCCUCUUUUUUGCUUUAGGUGUAAUGUAGCAGCAGAAGUUUAAAAUGUAUGUGUUUUAUUGAGAACAGAGAGUUAAAAUUGCUUACAUCAAGGACCACUACUGGUACUGCUUACAUUUACUCAGACCCUUUGGAGGCCUGUAAUGCAUGUUCUCAGGAAGGGUUACUGGUGUCAGACACAGGCUUGUAGCAAAUGCUUGAGACCCAUUUAAUAUGCACAAACAAGUAAGAUGAAAAUGUGUUGAGGGGAAGAGCUUAGCUACCUGACUUCAGGUGCUGGGAAAGUCAGGUUACUGUGCCCUGAGUCUGGAAGGCAGCCACAUGCCUCUCUGUGUGGCUGUACCCAGUCAGCUUAUCUCCUUGUACCUGUGUGUGCAUGGAACCUCCAUCUGUGGCCUGCACUGGGUCAGCUACUGUGGAGCUGGACCUGCUGAGGUGAAUUUGAGGUAAAUCUUAUUACAGGUCUAGCUGCUGAAAGACUUUGUUGUUCUUGUGGGGAAUUAGGGGAGAGAAUGAAUCCCUAAAUGAGUUCACUUUCAUCCCCACUGCUUAUACUCUUCCUUCUUGUCUCACUACCCCUAUAAAAGCCACUCUACAGAGGAUUUAUCACAAGGUGCCUUAGGAACAAACAGCAUGUCUGAAAUGAGAACCAUAGGUGUCAUUAAUACAAGAGAUUUCUUCUUAUUUCACUGCCCAUUUGGGUAGGGGAUGGUCCUUGCUAAGGUCAGGCAGGGAGAGCCCCUCUAGGCUGUUGCUGGAGAUCUAGUCUGUUCAUAGACCACCUUGUUGCUGUAAGAUGAGUAGUACAAUGGUAUUUGAAUUUCCUGGUGCCAUACAUUCUUUGCCUUCAUAUGCUGCUGUCAGAUGUCUAGGAACACCAGAGGACUGCUCCUUUUGAUAUGCUGACACUAAGCCCAAGGACCAGAGGAACACUAGAUAGACGUAGAAGAGUGUUUCUUAUGGCCAUUCAUCAUUUUCUCUAAGAGUGUUGAAAUCCAGAGUUGUGAGUGUUGUGUGCUUAUGCAUAUUGAGUGUGGAUGAGAGACCAAAGCAACAAGUUUUUUGUUUAGGGUUUUUUUUAUAUCUACAAGUGUAAAAGAAAAAAGGAUUUCUCUUUUUCUCACGUCUGGGAAAAUAUUGGAUGUGACAAUAUCGUGUAGAUGAAUGAGGACUUCACAACUGGCAGAAUUAAAAACUGGGAACUGAUUGUGUUAAAUACAUUGCUAAUUAGACUGUAAAAGAAGGCAGGAGUUUAGCAGGAGUCAAAGUGCUGUGGCAUUUAUCUAAAGAAGUUGAUUUUCAGUAAAUAUCAAUUAAGUAAAGUUUUAAAAGGUACAUAAAACCCCAGACUUCAAAUGUAUAUUACAAGGAGGAGAGUGUUCUGGGGGGAUAGUCCACAUUUGCCUGGAGUGAGUCUCUGGCUACUUAUUCCCAAACUGUGGUGCUGUUGCAGCUGAAGGUGCAUCAGUACAGGUGGAUGGUGGAUCUGAGUCCCCUUGACUUCUCUGGGUUCCAUUCUGGAUUUUACAUGUUGCUCUCUCAGAAUCAUCAUACAUUAAAUGUAGCCUUUAUUGGGAAGGGAGAGAGGAAGAAUUUUCUGAUCCAUCAGUGAGGGUUAUCUGUUUCAAACCCAUCUGGAUUGGUGAGUCAAAUCCCUUGGGCAAGAAGCAGGAUGCCAGCCACAAAAUUCAGAGCUAAGAAGACCUUGCCAAGUAAUGACCUUGAUGUUUAGCAGCUAUGUUUGGAAAUGAUAACUAGCUGGAGAUGACCUCCCUGCAACCUCCAAGAUGCCCUGGAACAGCUCUCCUCAGAGGGAAGCAGGCUGCUUCCCACUCACAGCUCCAAACCAUUAGCACUUUCAAUGGGGAGCACCCUGUAGCUUGUCAUAACUUUUUCAGACCUAUGUUCUUGUGAACUGUGAUGGUUGUUUGUCAGUCCUUACCUCUGUGAUGUGAAUAUUUUUGAUGUCCUGUGAUUUCAAAAUUGAGUUCUCAGUGCCAGCUGUUUGCUUUCCAUGUGCUCACCAAGAGGUGAGUUUAAAAUACUGAAGAGGAUAUUUUAACAAAAUGUGUCACUGGACUCUUUCUGAAGGGCACGUAUGAAGGCUGUAUUUAUAGUGUGCUUGCAUUCCUUCUACAACUGGUUUGUAUUGUUUAUAUUUGAUGUAUUGUGGUUUAUUUGUAAUAAUAUAUUGGAACUUACUCCCUUUAAAUAAACUUCACUAUGCAACCAAGAA